AUGGUUAAGGAAGCAGCAGAUCACAAGAAAGUCAUACAAUUAGAUGUUCAUCAGGAAAAAUCCUACAUGACAAAGCUGCAGCUAGAAAAUGAUCAACUUCUUGCAGAGAAGAUUUCCUACUUGGACAUUAUUAAUGAAAAGGAAGCUGUUAUUGGCUCGUUGAGAGAUCAAAAAUUAGCGCAAGAACUGCAGAGUGAAUAG